AUGAGAUUGGAGCGGGGGAUAAUAAGUAGUAAAGGCUUAGAGGGUAUAGACAUUGGUCAUAAAGAUAUCAAGGCUUACGUAGUACUAUCCGGUUGUCUUAUGGGCGGGGGCGGGGCAACCUCAUCUCUCGCCACCGUAAGGAUCGGAGGUUUGGCUACCUAUCAAGUUUUGGAAUACACGAUUUCAAGAGGAGCACAAAUGUCUGCGGGGCACAGGUCCAAGGUUGCAGCCAGGGAUGUGGAUGGAGGUCGGAGAGGCGGUGGGAUCUCCAAGGUUGCAUUGAGGACGGAAAUGCGUUCAGGUAGACUUUGA